CACCAGUUUCACUAUAAAUCCCCUCUCCGGAGCGUAAUCAAGACCCUACAAUUUAAAUCUCUCACCCAAACAGGAACAGCUAAAAACAAAAUAUAUUCUACUCAAGGAAACACGUACAACCCCCCCUAGUUAAUUAGACUGCCUCAACCGGACCAUGCAACGUUCAUCCUCCGCCGUCGUCUCCAACAUCGGCCGCCACAUCCUCCGCUCCAAAGCCGUCGAAUGGCAGCAGAAAUCCGUACCCCCGUGCGAUGUGUUCAUCAACCACCGGGGGGUCGACACGAAAAGAAACGUGGCGGGGCUGCUGUACCACCACCUCCGCAGCCUCCGCCUCCGCCCUUUCCUGGAUAGCAAGAGCAUGAAGCCGGGAGACAAGCUGUUCGACAAAAUCGACGUGGCGAUCCGAGAAUGUAAGGUCGGGAUCGCCGUGUUCUCUCCCAUGUAUUGCGACUCUUAUUUUUGUUUGCACGAGUUGAGCCUCAUGACGGAGUGUGGGAAGAAAAUCGUGCCGGUUUUCUGCGACGUAAAACCUUCGGAACUCCGGGUGAAGGACGACGGGUCAUGCCCGCCAAAGGACCUCGACAAGUUUCGAUCGGCCCUUGAGGAGGCCAAAAAUACCGUCGGACUAACAUUCGACACCUUGAGAGGGGAUUGGGCGGAGUUCCUUGCUAAUGCAACGGACGUGGUGAUCAAGAACUUGAUCGAGGUGGAAGAAGAGGAGCUAAUUAGCAAGCUCUAAAAGAAAAGGCGCGGGCGCUGUCACAGAAUUAAUAACCUUAAAAAAAUAAAUCAUUCUUUUCAUUCAUUUAAUUUCCUAAAGCUAGUCCUAAUUUUUGAUGAACUUGAUUCAGAGGAAUAGCAGCAGGACAAUGGCUAACACAUUCAUUAUUCUUUCAAAGUUCAAAGUUGAAGACGGCCGGUUGUCAACUUACUGGUCCUGCAGGAAUUACUACAAUUAUUAGGCAAUGAAAGUUGUAAAGUUUCCAUUCAUCAACUACAUUAUAAUGCAUGUCUUUGUUUCAGAA